AUGCUGCCUAGAGAUUACAGUCCGCCAUACCUGUACGCCCCCAAACCUCGCCAUCGAUGCUGGUCCCUCCGCACUACGACGAUUAUACCCGCGCUCGUGUUCCUGACCGUGACUGUUUCGAUCCUGUUCAUGAUGAAGGAAGCACCCGCGUCACUACCGACGACGCCCGGCACCGCUGAGCCGGGGCAUGAUGGCUCGGUGUGGUUCCGAUUGCAGGCAGUACCGGAUUACUUUGUUCAGUCAGACCCUACAACGAACGACUCCAGCUUCUCCUUCCUCACCAGCAAUUUCGGCCUCGUUUCUCGAUCCUAUUCCUCCGAUCCUUCGUACCCAUCAGACAAGCCCGACCCGACGCAGUGGGAGCUCUUCUUCCACCAUCUUGAUACGCUGAACGCGGAUGCCCCGCCUUCAACAACAUACCGGCUGCUAUUCCUCGGUCGGCACGGUCAGGGCUACCACAACGUGGCCGAAAGCUUCUACGGCACAGUGCAGUGGGACUGCUACUGGUCGACUCUGGAAGGGAACGAAACGGUAUCGUGGGCUGAUGCGCACCUCACGACCGUGGGCCAGGGACAGGCCCGCACCGCCUCUGCUUUCUGGGACUCGCAGAUCCGAGAUCAAAAGAUGAAGACGCCGGACGCAUACUACCUCAGUCCCUUUGAUCGGGCGAUCGAGACGGCCGAUAUCACGUAUCGAAGCUUGACCUUCCCUCCGGGCUCAGCUCCAUUUAGCCCUCUCAUCAAGGAAAUGCUGCGCGAGACUAACGGCGUGCAUACUUGCGACCGGCGCUCACCACUAUCCACCAUCAAGGCACGUUGGCACGAUCCCCCGUACAGAAUCGAAAAGGGCUUCUCGGAGAAGGACGAGCUAUGGAAGCCUGAUCUACGAGAAACAGCUUCGGCACACACGGCGCGGAUGCUCCAUGCUCUAGAUGACAUUCUCCGCCACGAUGACAGCACCGUCAUCUCCAUCACCGUCCACUCCGGCGUCAUUGCAGCAAUUCUUCGCGGCGUCGGUCACCGCGUAUUCAAGAUGGAGACUGGCGGUAUCAUCCCCGUGCUGGUCAAGGCCGAGCGCGUAGAAGGUCAGCGGCCAAAAAUGGACACCGAGCCGUGGCGUCCGAAGCCGGAUUGCCCUCCCGACGUCAGCAUUUCAGCCAGAGACCCAGCGACGGAUAAUUUCAGGGACUUCCUGGAAGUCAACGGGGGCAUUCGUCUGUGA